CCCAUUUCUGAUUUCACACCUUCUCUCUACAGUCUACACAAAACAAAAAACCCAUUAAAAUCCAAACUAAACUCUCCAAACCUACCAAAACUUUAAAAAAAUCAAAUCAAAAUGCAAACUUCUUCCAUCUUAAUCUCUCUCUCCCUUCUUCUUCUGCAAUUCUUUUCAUCUCAAGCCAUCACUUCCUCACAAGACAUCUCAGCUCUCAAAGCUUUCAAGGCCGCCAUCAAGCCGACUUCAAUACCGCCGUGGUCCUGCUUAGCCUCCUGGGACUUCUCCACCGACCCAUGUGCUCUCCCCCGUCGCACCCACUUCAUUUGCGGCCUUACCUGCUCUUCCGACUCCACUCGUGUCACCCAACUCACUGUUGAUCCCACCGGCUACUCCGGCCAACUCACCCCUCUCAUUUCUCAACUCACUCAACUCCUUAUUCUCGACCUCGCUGAUAACAAUUUCUUCGGUCCUAUUCCAGCUUCAAUCUCCUCUCUUUCCAAUCUUCAAACCUUGACUCUCCGAUCCAACUCCUUCUCCGGUUCCGUCCCUGACUCCAUAACCAAGCUCAAAAAGCUUGACGCUUUAGAUGUUUCACACAAUUCUCUAUCUGGGUAUCUCCCUAAAGGUUCAUAUUUAAUAUCAAGUUUGAGAAGACUUGAUCUGAGUUACAACAAACUCACCGGUUCAUUACCAAAACUACCUUACAAUCUACUAGAACUUGCUCUGAAGAACAAUUCUUUAUCUGGGGUUAUCUCAAAAACACCCUUUGACGGUUUGUCUCAGCUAGAAGUAGUUGAACUCAGUGAAAACUCAUUCACCGGGACACUUAAAGCUUGGUUCUUUCUUCUACCGUCAGUUCAACAGGUGAACUUGGCGAAUAACAAGUUGACAGGUGUGGAGAUCGCGAAGCCUUUGAAUGGUAGCAGCGACUUAGUGGCAGUUGAUCUCGGGUUCAACAAAAUCGAAGGGUACUUGCCCGAAAAUUUGGCUGAUUAUCCGCUUUUAUCGUCUCUGACAAUGCGAUACAACCGCUUACGUGGCACCAUCCCAAUGCAAUACAGUCAAAAGAAGUCGUUGAGGAGAUUGUUCCUGGAUGGGAAUUUCUUGAUCGGAAAACCACCAACGGGGUUCUUCUCCGGUGACGUGGAGGUUUCCGGUAGCUUGGGGGAUAAUUGUCUCCACGGAUGUCCAGGUUCUUCUCAGCUGUGUAAUCCUUCUCAGAAAUCUUACUCUGUUUGUAAACAAGCUUAUGGUGGAAAACCGAGGUCUUAGAGUCAGAAUCUCAGUGAAUACUAUGACUUUUGUUUUAGGAAAAAGAAAAAAAUAAUUUGUAUUGAAAAGAUUUAUUAUAAGUAAAUGAGAUAUAGAAAGUUGUAUAAUUACAAUUAAAUUAGAUUAGUUGUUUGAUGAUAUGAUCCCUUCAUCUUGAAGUUAAAGGGAAAGUUUUGUUGCAUUUUGGGUGAAGGUGGAGAUCAUAAAAAGAAGAUGUUGACAGUAACACUUCUGAUAUUAAAUAAUAGUUUGAAAAAAAGGAAAACAGUUUUCAGAUUCAACUCAAGACGAGUGAAAGCGAAGAAGCUCACAUGGAAAAACGUAUUCAAACUCUUCUCAUUUCUCAAGAACAUGAGUAGUCUAUAAAUUAUUAAGUAGAGUGUGAACAGUUUCUUUGAAAUGUUUGUGUAAAAUGUGUGUCGUUUUCUUUGUGUUUUAUAUGCAUAUUUUGCCUUGUUACUGUUUUGAUAUUUUUUCAUGGGGGUAUGAUGAAAGCAUGAUGCUACAUAU